AUGAGCUCGGAAUUGAAGAUUUUCCACUCAUUGAACUGUUCUCUUUGCGCAUCUCCUUAUUCAAAAUCCAGUAAUGAUCCCAAAUAUCCAUAUGAAUCAGUAUGUGGAAAAGCGAUUUGUGGAGAAUGUUGUAAAGAGGAGCAACGGUUGAAAAAAGAAGAAAGAAGACAUCAAUGUGACUUUCAAUUGCAUUGUUAUUAUCCUUACAAAUUCCGCAGCUUCUUCCGUGAUCUUUUUAACGAUCCAUCAAUUAUCGAAUCUCCGAAUGGAAAUGGAUGGCUUCUUUCAGAGCCAAUCACCAUUCCACUCAAGUGUUCGAAAUGUGAUACUCAAUGGAGAAAGAUGAAAGCAAACCCGUUAUUCUGUUUUAAAGCUGAUUCUUCUCCUGAAUGGUUUUGGAUGGAAUGUUCAAUUUGUAACGAUUCUUAUUCUUAUCCAAAAUCAAUGGAAAUGAGAAAUAAUUGGCUACGAGAAUUCCUCUGUGAACUCCCCGAAUUGAUCGAGCAAAUCCCGAAAGUAAAGGAAAUCCGAAUCAAGGUAAAAACUAAAAUUAUGCCGUUAUUAUUUUUUCUUUUGCUUAUGUUUGCUUCUUGG